ACUCUCAUUCCAAAAUUUCAAGGUAAUCCAAAUAAUGUGGCUAUAAACUCUAGCCCCUUUACCAAAAUAAACAACGGUCACUAUUACUUUGGCCAGGAUAGGGUAAACUGGUAUGUUGCCUAUGAGAACUGCCGCAAGUUGGGAACCGAAUUGGUGGCCUUCGAGACUGACCAAGAAUUCGAUGCCGUGGCGGGUCAUUUGAAGAGCAAGGGCGAACGAUCGGAACAUUGGACAUCCGGCAAUGACUUGGGCAAAACUGGUACCCACAAUUGGUUUACCAAUGCCCAGCCCAUGAAUACAAAUCGUUGGGCCCCUGGGCAACCCGACAAUGCUGGAGGAAAAGAGCAUUGCAUUCACCUGGGGUACGUAUAUAAGGACUCAACGGAUAUUCAACUGAACGAUCGUCCCUGCAAUAAUGAUAACAACAGCUUGUUCAAGUACGUUUGUGAAGCUCCUGAGCAAGAAACUAUUUCUAUUGUUGUUUGGAAGUGAAGUAUCCAAGUAAUCAAGUUCCAAUUUCUAAAUGCAUAAACAGAUAAAAUGUAUAAAUUUAUAAUAAAUGUAAAGAAAAAACAUUAAAA